UUUGGAGAGAAGAACAAUUGAAAUUGUUGUUAUGGGGUUGAAUUGGGUAAAGGAAAAAGGUUAGGAAAGAUAAUUUGUCUCCUGUUUCCUGAGAAAUGAACCUUUUUUUUGUUCUCCAAAUUCGUAUUUUUGUAAACAAUUUUUAUGUUACUAAUUGCUAAGGAGCCUCUGCUUCUAGGUUUGGUUUGUUCUUUGUUUGAUAUUUAGGAAGAUGUUGGUAUAUUGUAUAAACUUUGGGUUAUUGGUGAAUUACUUGAUGUGAGAAAGAGAGAUUGAGUGGAAAGCUUGACAGCCGAACAAAGCUUGUUUGCCUAGUUCUAGUGGUAUAGCACAUAAAGCAUGAAUUUUUUGUUGCCUUGUUAUUUUACUGAUUUGCAAGCGGGUUCUUAUGUUUUUCCAGAGCAUCAAAGUUUUAUCAGGUUUAUCAGAGCACUGGUUGGGAUUAUCCAUUUUUUUUUUUUAUGGGAUUUCUUAGGUGAAAAAGUUUGUUUCGAUUUUGAAAUCUGAACAAUAUUGUCGCUAAUGAAUGUACUGUGUAAAUGCAUUGUAUUUUUGAAAUUACUGUUCCAAAUGUGUUGAGUUUAAUGUCCUAAUUCCUUGAGCAUGUUUUGUGUUGGAGGAGUGAAUUAAGAGUUACUAUGCUUAUGCUUAGACCAAAGUCAUCUCACAUUAAUCAAAUCCGGUUAGCAUUCUUAGUUGUCCGACAUACUAAUUCCCUCGUUACAUGAUCUGCGUGAAAAUAGGUGGCUUGGAUUAAUUGGGCAGUUCCGCCCGAAGAAACUCUUUUCUUUUAUUAAAGCUGAAUUUACCAAUGAUGAGAUGGGGGUCCCUACUUUGAAAGAUGUGGUGAAGCAUGUCUUGGACAAGUCACUUUAUUCGUUUGGAUUAUGCACACAGCUUCUUUUGUCCCCGUCCUCAUCCAUAAAGUUGAGCACAGAAGGACAUGCUUCCUUACCAUGAUAUUACACUUGAGGCUGCAUGGCCUGAACUGUUCGUUGACCAUAAGGGAAAAUACUGGGAUGUGCCUGAGUCAAUUUCCUUAGAUAUGUCAUCACUUGUCUCCAAAUCUGGAUUGCGGUACCACAUUGGUGUACAUAAAAACAGUGGUCAUCCCCAGGCAGUUAAUUCCAUAGAUGAUGAGGCACCUCCUUCUCUAAUGCCUGGAUUCUGCGCAAAGGCUGCCUUUUCUUAUGAAAAAAGCCAAGAUCUUUGGAGUCAAAAUGAGACACGAAAAGACAUCAUGAUACAGAAAGAAAAGGGUUUGUUUUGGCGGCCAUCUUAUGAUGUGCGUCUUAAAGAACCUCAUGCUGCAGUAUAUGGAAUUUUUGAUGGAGGCUGCACUGCCUGGUUUCAGGAUGGGUACAACCCAGUGGCAGUUGAUAUGAGCCGAGACGAGGGCAAUUCUUGGAGCAGUAAGAAGAGAAGUCCAUUCAGUAUUUAUUUUUUCUGCUCUCUCUGCUAUACUUUCCAGCACGGAAAAUUUGGAGAGCUCUACGGUGAUCUGACCUGGAUUGAUGCUCGCCUGGAUAUUUGUUCAGCGUCAGGUUUGGCUAAAAGGGUGAUAAUGGUUUGAAGAGUUCCUCAGCUAAUAGUGCAAAAGAUCCGAUGUCCUCCCCUAGGAUCAAUCUAAUCUUUCAGCAGCAGGUAUUUCUAUUUAUUCCUUAACUUUUUAAAUGUUUCACACCUUAAGUUGUAAGAGAUAUUUUAAAUGCAGUUAUGCACAAUGUGUUAGAAAACCUGCAUCGUCCCCAUCAAAUCCUCAAAACAAAUCUUCCUCAAAAUAUUCCAUCUUCACCUCCAAAAUACCCACAAUGUUCAAAAACGUCAAUCUGGAAAAGCUACGCGUUGUGCCUUCUUUUCUUCGCCGCGGUUAAAUGACUUGGUAGAAAAAUCUGAAAUUUUGGUACAAUCAUCUUGAAAGACUGACGACCAUCCUUCAAUUGAAAUCUCUAAAAUUCAUGCGUUUGAUCACUUUUUACUCAAGAGGAAGUCGAAUGCCCUACAUUGAAAAUACAUAACAAAGUAUCAAAAUUCUACCAAAAUAACUAAUAAACUAUAACUAAGAAUAGGGUAAAAUAGAUGAGAUAAUAUGUACUCAUCAAAUACUCCCAAACUUAGCUUUUUGCUUGUCCUCCAACAAAACAAAACUCAAAAACAAAAAAUAAAAACUAACAAACUAAAAACUUUAACAAAACUUGACUAAGACAAUUUUCACUUUCAAGUUGCAAUCCAUAAAAAAUGUUAAAAUUAGAACAUCUUUUAAAAAAUUCCAACCAAUACCACCAUAGAGUCUAAUCCAUUUAGAAUUAAUUAGAAAAGAACUCAUGAACUUCAUUUGGUAUAAAAUGAAUCAACAUGGUUAAAAAGACUCGACUAAAACCCUUACCACUUGUCCAUUUUAGUUAAUACUUACUAACUUCAAACAUAACUAUUUUGAAGUUAAAAAGACUAACCCUUACCACCACAAAGUCUAGUCCAUCUGAACUCCGAAGUUAAAUGAGUUUGGACGAGAGUAGUACUAGGAUGGGUGACCGCCUAGAAAGUCAUCGUGUUACAUCCCUCGCAACCGACCCCACAUGGUGGGAAAAGGCUUAAGAAAAAGAAGAAGAAGAUAGUAAUAAAAGUGGUUGUGCAAUGUUAGUUCACUUAAACUUUUGAUCCAACCCAUGUAAUGAGUUUUAGGUCAAUGACUCCCAAACCACAAGGGCUUUAGGACACUAGGUGUAGAAUGCCCCUAAGGACUUACUAACUCGAGUUGAAAAGGCUACGAAACCAACUAACCACCUUGCCCCAUGCCAAGACUCUACUAUUUGACGCGAGAUCACUACUGAUUAGGCAUGACUGUCCUGGUUACUAAGCAAAGUCUCGGUGGAACAAUUAUUACUUUAUUUAUAACAAUAACUAAACUUUAUUUUUUUAGAACAAAAAUAUAAAAAAUUAACUAAAAGCAAGUGCUUCAAUCUCACCCCCACAAAUCAUGUUGGUGUGAAUGUGCUAAUUGUGAAAGGAUAACUCAUGAAUUAGUGCCAAAACAACAAUAAAUAGAAAAGACUCUACUGUAGAAAUAAUUUCCACCAUGUCCAUUUGUUCAAAUGUUUAAAAUAAUCUAUGAAUAUUAACUUAAAAAGAAUGAAAAAUUUUAGCAUACUUAAAAAUUAAAAAUCUAAAAAUUUUACCUUUCCACCCCUAAACUUAAAUCACACAUUAUCCUCAAGGUGCAGA